AUGUUUCACCCCGUCCAUCGUUCGUCAGCGCUGCUGCGCGUCCUCGUCGUCAUCUUCAUUGCACUUCUACCUUCGCUCGCCCACGCCCAGACGCUCGUCGACUGGUCUGCCCUGCCUUCCUGCGCCAGUAACUGCGAGCCUUUCUUUAAAGCACAAGAUGGCUGUCUCCCGUCCGGAGGAGCUCCCGUCUCCAACCAGCAGACAUACGUGUCGUGCUUCUGCCAGUCGGCAAUGCUCACCAACUUCCGCGCCGGCUCAGGAAUCGAAUGCACCGGAGCAUGUCCCAGCGUCAACGACCAAACUGCCAUCCAGCAGUGGUACGUGAACUUCUGCAAGAGCGGCGGCGGCCAGAACACCCAGGCAUCGUCGGCCACAUCCAGCUCCAUCACCACCUCCUCGACCGCCCCGACCUCGUCCGCCCCGGACAGCACCGCCACGCGAAACAGCAACUCCGUCAUCAACGACUACGACGGCGACGGCGACCCGUCCAACAACUAUGAAGGCAGCUGGAUCUCCGCCCACUGGAAGUGGGUCCUGAUGCUCAUCAUCAUCUUCUUCGCCAUGGUCUUCUUCUCCAUCUUCGGCAUGUGGCUCAAACGCCGCCACCGCAAAAAGCAAGACGCGAAACGCGCCAACCUCUCCGGCGGCGAAGCCGGCAGCGGCAGCCACAACCACCACCCCAACAACCCCAAUAACAACACCGGCGCCGGCGCCGCCGUCCCCCCACCCCCGCCCAUGGCGCACCUCAAGAACGCAAACGACUCCGGCACCCUCGCCUCGACGCUCGACCUCCCCAACAACACCACCAUCGCGCCCACGUCCCCGCUCCGCCCCCGCAGCCGCACCAACACCCUCACCCGCUUCCCGAACGGCAGCAUGAGCAACGUCGGCAAUGGCGGCAAUGGCCAGCAGCAGGGACAGCAGGGACAGCAACCGGUCGUCUGGGGCCCCCACCAGCACCAGGCAGCUACCCGCGGCUACGAGUACCACGGCAUACAUCACCAGAUGAGCGGGUCGCCGGGCCCCAGCGUGCCGCCGUCGCCCGUCAGCGUGCCGACGCCGAGCUUGACGCCGGUGGGUGGGUUCAGCAUGAAUAAUAGUAACAACAGCAACAACAGGUUCUCGGGGGGUAGUAAGGAUAAUGUCAAGAGCAUGAGCAGGGACGUUGUGAUUGAUGAGGUGGCGGAUGAGGACCGCAUCGAGCCGGCGGUCGGGGCGGAGAGGGAGGGGAGGUUGAGGAGGAAGUUGAGUAGGCGGUGA